AUGAUCCACAACAUCCUCCGGCGUGUCAUUUUCUCUCCAGCGAGCAGGAAAAACAUCAAUCUCCCGGUAUUCCUAGCAGCUACUGCAGCAACAUCUCGACGGACAAUGAGUAACGUCAGCGCCAUUGACUCGCGGAUAUUCCGCUCCCUAUUCGGCACCGAUGAGAUCCGCAAUGUAUUCUCAGACACAGCAUACAUCUCGCAAUGCAUCAACGUCGAAACCGCCCUCGCCCGCGCGCAAUCCACCUGCGGCGUGAUCCCCUCAGAUGUCGGAAAGCAUCUAACCAGCACUCUCCAAUCCACCUCCCUUGACAUGCCCACUCUGGAAAAGCAGACGGAAAUAGUAGGCUACCCAAUCCUCCCAUUGGUAACCCAACUCGUCACCCAAGCCACUUCCUCCUCCUCCCCGGACACAGCAAAAUACAUCCAUUGGGGCGCUACUACGCAGGAUAUAAUGGAUACCGCGUCCAUUCUACAAAUGAAACAGGGCUUGGACGUUGUGGAGAGACUUUUGGGUGAUUUGUGUAAGAGCGUUGCGGCUUUGGCGGAGAAGUAUAGGGAUACGCCAAUGGCAGGACGUACCCACCUGCAGCAUGCGUUACCUGUUACUUUUGGGUACAAAUGCGCUGUGUGGCUGUCUAGUCUACAAAGACAUCAAGAACGGCUUUCGCAGCUCAAAUCCCGUGCGCUGCUCGUGCAGUAUGGUGGCGCGGCAGGGACGCUGGCGAGUUUGGGGAACGGCGAUGAUGGACUACGUGUGCGUGCUGAGCUCGCCAGGGAAUUGGGACUGUCAAAUCCAAGUAUUACGUGGCAUGUUUCUCGGGAUGGCGUGGCGGAGAUUGUAAAUCUGCUUGCGCUCGUUGGGGGUUCCCUGGGGAAGAUUGCGCUGGAUUUGAUUAUCAUGAGUUCUAACGAGCUUGGUGAGGUUUCAGAGCCGUUUGUUCCUCACAGAGGCGCUUCUUCCACUAUGCCUCAGAAGAGAAAUCCCAUCUCGAGUGAGGUCAUACUAGCUGCGUCCAAGAUCCUACGUUCCAACGCAGGGUUGGUCUUGGAUGGAAUGGUGGCCGACUUCGAGCGUGCCUCGGGCCCGUGGCAUCUGGAAUGGGUUGCCAUCCCCGAGAGUUUCGUGAUCGCCGUUGGUGCAUUGCACCAAGCCGAUUUUGCUCUAUCUGGCCUUGUGGUCCACGCUGAGCAAAUGGAGAAGAAUCUACACUCCACGCAGGGGCUUAUUGUGGGAGAGGCGGUGAUGAUGGGGUUGGCCCCUUACAUGGGCAGAGGCAAGGCUCAUGAUGUGGUCUAUGAGGCAUGCAAAGAGGCUAUUGAGAAGAAGAGGACCCUAUUUGAGUGUUUGAUGGAGAAGGAGCAGGUUACUUCAAAUAUUGAAGAGGAGAAGUUGAAGGGUCUUUGUGAUCCUGUGAACUAUAUGGGAGCGGCGGGACAGAUGGUUGAUGACGUCUUACGGUUGACAUAG